AUGCAAAGAGGCCUCAGGUUUAUCAGCUGGUGGGUCAUCCUAGUCGUGCUUCGAUCUGCAGUGGCGAUUCCGGUCUUGGGAAGCGACGGCAACAGCAGCAUGUCCACGCCGGAGUCUCUGGAUGAUUAUAUCCUCAAGUUUGUGAAUGAGUCGCUGAAGCGGCCUCGGACAGGAACCGUGUACAAAGUCUCUCUCCCUCCUAGUUUUUCUGGGAUCGAAGUCUCAGUCGUGAGGUUCAGAAGCUCGAGUUUUUGGGUCAGAGGUGUGAAUUUCAGCGACUUCUGGAUCCCACCAAGGAUCAUCCCGAUGCCUUACGUGAAGAGGCUCGUCAUAGUGUUUGAGAAUUUGCACAACUUGUCCUCCCAUUACUACCACGUCCCGGGGUAUGAGCUCAUCGCUCCAGUUCUUGGGUUUUCGGCUUACGAUGCCUCGAACUCCACUGUCCUAGGGAGCCAGAAGCUGAAUUUAAGCACCGACGGCACCCUGAUCUCCAUUCAUUUUCUUCCUUUUCCAGAAAAACACGCUAAUGGGCUGAUCAGAUGUGUUGCACUCGGUAUGAAUAAGUCAUAUGAAUUUAGCAACAUGACCUCGCCGAACGUGUGCUCAGCUCGACAUCAAGGCCAUUUUUCUCUAGCCGUUCCCCUCACGCCAUCGAAUCACAAGAAGGAAGGGGACAAGCUCUGGAAAUGGUGGGUGGUAGGAUUCGUAGGCGGGUUUUUCGUGUUGGCCCUUUUGUGUUUGGUAGUGUUAUGCAUCCACAGGCUAGUAGUGAGGAGGAAGAUCAAGGAGAUGGAGAAGCAAUCCGAGCGAGGUGUACCACUAGAUACGUUUUAUAUCGGAAGAACUAAAUUGCCUUCCGCAUCCAUGAUCAGAACCCAACCUUCGGGCGUUGAGAAUGAAUAUGUUUCUUGA